AUGUCUGUCGUCGGAGGCCCCGUUCCCAAGAACUUUGACGCUGAAAAUGCGGACAACCUCGAGGAUAUCGAGAAGCAGUUCGCCGUCAAGGCUGUCCAGCACAUGGCCACCUACUGGUCCAUCCUCGAGAAGGUCAAGGGCUCUACUCUGCGCCUGACCAAGAUCGACGACGAGAUCUACGAGCACCUCAAGACCGACUUCCCCGAGUUCGACCCCGCUGCCACCAUUGAUGAAGACGAGAUGAAGAGCAAAACCGGCAAGGAGAGGUGGCGCAAGUUCCUGAUGGCCUACGACAAGAGGGUCGAUGACUACAACUUUGGCACCAUGCUGCGCUCCAACCCCAAGGCCGAGUACACCGAGGAGGAUACCAUCUUCGUACCAAGAAUGCAAUUUUACGCCAUCGAGAUUGCGCGAAACAAGCUUGGCCUGAAUGACUGGAUCUACGAGAAGGCGCAGCAGGAGAAGGCUGCUGGAUCUAGCGCCUGA